AUGCUCCUAAACCUCCCGGCGGAGCUGGUCCAACUGGUCCUCCAACAUUGCAGGACGCCAGAUUUCCUGGAGGCCGCGUUCUCCUGUCGGGCUCUGUACGAAAUCGCAACCAACUGCCGGGAAGUCCUCCUGCAUCACUUAUAUCUCACUCCAGGCGCGGAGUUUGACUCCCAACUGAAGUCACGCCAGCUGUUCCGACUUCUUGUCCGCCGUGCGUUCCAGCAGCUGUACGGGACGCAGUUCUACGCGUCCUCUACGCAGUAUACCUUUGGGUCGGCGAAGCAGACGCUCGACGUCAAGGCAUCGGCGUUCUCCCAUGACCGGACCACCCUUGGCAUUGCGCUGAAGGGCCACGGGGAUGUCAGGAUCUUUCGCGCGGAGAACAGGAAGCUCCGGCAGGCAGGCCGGCUGUGCUCGCCGUUCAUGGCGCAGUCGGGGUCGGUCGAGGUCCUGCGAACCGCGUUCGACAGGGACGGCGGGGUCUAUGUGCUCCAGCGCUUCACGCCGGCCGUGGACGCUGCGGACGCGGACCACCCGUUUGUGAGGCAAGCGUUGGCGUCGAAUGGCGCCGGAUACGUCUAUCUCGUUCGUCAUUCGUUACGGUCUCCUCACGACCCGGUCCGGAUGUGCAGCUUUCCCGACCAUGCAGAAUAUGAGCCGCUGGCUCUUGCGGCGGCGCAUAGAGACACGUUUGCGAUCUCGUGGCAGCAUAAACGCGACGAAAACGACACAGAGGUCGUCCUGUAUAACAUCCAGGACCAAUCGAGCAGUGCCGGCGCCCUGGGGAGAUUGAUCGAACUCGAGUAUAACUCCUGUAUUCUGGUGGGAGGCACUCAGGAGAAUGACGACGAUGCGCAUUUCGUCCAUCCCAGCAUGAUGACCUCGGCGCUGCAGAACCGAGGACCGAUUAUCAACCUCGCGUUCAACGACCGCUCGUCGCAGUUACUGUACUACUACAAAGCGCGGACGCUGUACGGCUCGUUCCAGCGCGUCAACAUGUCUUCGUACCCGGUGCAGCCGACCAUGUACGGCAACGCCUGCACGGUGCAGUUUGACGAAUCGCUCGUGCUUCUGUUUUCUAUCGACAUCCCUUUCUUCGGUACCCAUGAAACCAUCCAGCAGGACGGCCGGUCCAUGUGCCACUGGAAGUAUCUGUCGUUCGGGGUCGCGCGGCACCGCUCGGAGGACUGGACGGUAGCGUGUCUCCUGCGGUCUGAAGCGCUCUGCUCAUCGCACAAUUGCCAGCAUGUGCUGAAUCUCGAGCGCGGCCGGCGGUUCCCGGACUGGACGAUCGUUGCGCGACUGUGGGGGUUCGAGGAUGCGACGGAUUCGCUGGGCUGUCGUGUGGCUGCGUCGAAGCGUGGCACGCGCAUCGCCGUGGCUAACUGGAAUCUACUGUAUGUGUGGGCGGUUGAGCCGGGCUCGUUGAUCGAGCAGAAUAAGGAUGGGUUCUACCCGCCGUCGUCGCAGGCGGGCCCCGGGGUGACGGUGCUGCAGCCCGUGGUGCUCCCGCUGAAUGCGGUUUGUUUCCAGCUGCAAUUCACGCAGGACGAGGACGAGUUGGUGGCUAUUACGGAUCGGGGACUUAUGUACUGGAAUCUUAGUCCGCUGGGCGGAGGGCGCAAGGUAGUGGAACAUAUUGCUAGUUAA